CUGAAAGCCUCGUGAUUUCGUACACCUCUGCUGCCUUAACCUUCAAUAAAUACACUCGGAUCGGCCCAAACACACAGGUUUUGGUCGGUUUCUAUUUUUUAUGCGGUUACCACAACCAACAGCCAACAAUUUUCAUUGUUUGGGUCUAAAACUUUCGAUUUGAACACUUUGCAGGAACCACAAGGCUUAGCGUUAGAGGCACGGCUUAAGAUGGACGUCCACCUCCUUGUUUACGACCUAUCUCGCGGCCUAGCUCGUCAAAUGUCGCUGGGCCUCCUAGGAUUCCAGCUUGAUGCCGUUUACCACACUUCUAUCGAGCUUCAAGGCCGCGAGUAUGUCUAUGACGGCGGCAUCAUCUCCAUCGUUCCAGGCACCUCGCACCUGGGCCAACCCUUGGAGAGACUGCAUCUCGGCAAGACAAACCUUCCCAUGGACGUGAUCGGGGAUUAUCUGGAGUCAAUUAGAUCUAUUUUUACGAUAGAGGCCUAUGACCUCUUCCGCCACAACUGCAACAACUUCACCGACGCCUUCUCCAAUUUCCUUCUUGGGAAGGGUAUUCCCAGCCACAUCUCACAGAUGCCCCAGGCAGUCCUCGACUCGCCGUUUGGACGCAUGCUGAUGCCUCAACUUACCCAAGGGGUCAAUGCCAGCAGGCAAAACGGCUCCAUCCUGGGACUUCAGCAGAGUGCUCAGCCUAUUGCACCUGUCAAGGUAGCUUCAGUGAAAGACGUGACUGGCCAUGCAGAACUAUCUGCUCUGUUAGAUCAAGCAAAGCAGUCUUGCGCAGUGGUCUACUUUACUUCUGCAACCUGUGCGCCAUGCAAGAUGAUUUAUCCUUUAUACGACUCACUGGCCGAGGAGUUUGCUGGCAAGGCAACUUUGAUCAAGAUUGAUAUCUCUCAGCCGCAGGCAAACUUGCUUGCCAGCCAAUACUCGAUCAGUGCAACCCCGACAUUCAUUACAUUUCUGAAAGGAGAACAAGAAAACAGAUGGUCCGGCGCCGACCCAGCUACUUUGAGAGGAAAUCUCCAGCUGCUGGUACAGAUGGCGCAUCCCCACCAUCCUCAUGAGAAGCUCCGUCUUCCCACAUUUGCUAAUCCCGAUACGAAACCUGUACUAUUUGGAAAGGUGCCUCCAAUGCAGAAAUUGAUGAUCAAGAUGGGCACAGAGGUUUCCGGCAAGCCCGAAAUUCAGCACCUGAAGAGAUUCAUCGAAGACCGCGCCAAUGGGGAAGCUUUGGACGCUGUUUUGCCGAACAUGGGACACAUGGCUAGCUUUCUCCAGGAGUCAGUUGCCAAACUACCCCUUGAAAUUAUGUUUACCGUGGUCGAUCUUUUACGUUGUGCGCUUCUUGACCCCCGAGUGAGUGGGUAUUUUGCUGAAGAGACAGCGCACAAGACAGUUGUUGGCAUCCUCAAUGCCGUCAACGAGCAGAGCGAGUGCCCAUACGCACUGCGUCUUGUGACCUUGCAAAUGGCCUGCAACUUUUUCUCCACUCCAUUAUUUCCGGAUGAAAUCCUACGACAUGAACAUCUUCGUGGCCCCAUCACCCGGUUAAUAUCAACCAGUUUUCUCGAUGAUAAUCACAGCAAUACCCGCGUGGCGGCGUCGUCUCUCUUGUUCAACAUUGCUUUGGCAGACCGCAGAUCAAGGCUUGGCGAGGCUAAGCCGAGUCUACCAGAAGACGACCUUGUUGAGCUUGCAGCAUCUGUUGUAGAAGCAGUCUCUCAAGAAGAGACUUCGCAAGAGGCCCUCCAAGGCAUGCUUUCGGCGUUGGGCCACUUGGUUUACUGUACAAAGCUUGAUGGAGAACUUGCUGAUCUACUCCGCGCUCUAGAUGCCGAAGGAACGGUAUUGGAAAAGAAGAAGACUUUUCCCAACGAGGCCCUGAUUGCAGAGGUGGGAAGCGAACUCCUUGGAAAAGGCCUGAAGAUGGAACGGUUGAAUUGAUUAGACUGGCGUUUGACGAUGAAAUGAUAUAGUACACUUUUCCUGCCUCGUUUAUAGACUGUCUUUGGAGCCUGUUUGGAUAGGCAUUCUGGAUUCCAAUAUCUAAUUUUCUAUCUU